GUUGCUUAAAACAGAGGAAAGAACCAAAAGCUACUUUAUCUCCAUCGGCAUAAGAGAAGUGCCCGUCGAGGAAAAAUGACUGCAGAAGGAGACCCUUUUGUCCCGGAGCUUCAUUAUCUGCACAACCAGCUUAAAGGCACUAAGGAGGUUUUGGCUGCUAGAGGCGAAAUGGACGUCCAAAGAGCAGAUGAAACACCGAAAGAUAAGGCCUUUGAGAAGCUUAAAAAAGAUGUGAGAAAGUUGGAAGAGAAACUCCGAGCCAGCGAAGACCUUCUUGAACAAAAGGAAGUGGAGAUGAAGAAGGUGAGAGAAGAGAAGGAAGACGCAUUGGCGGCACAGUACGCAGCAGAAGCAACUCUGGGAAGAGUUUAUGCAGAUUCCGACCAGAAGGACGACGACUCUAUCCCUCUCGAGUCCAUCAUUUCCCCUCUCGAAGCCCAAAUCAAGAUUCACAAACAAGAGAUCCUUACGCUUCAAGAGGACAAUAAGGCGUUGGAACGUCUGACAAAGGCGAAAGAAGCGGCCCUUGUGGAAGCAGAGAGAAUACUGAGAAGUGCGUUGGAAAGAGCACUGAUCGUUGAGGAUGUACAAAACCAGAACUUCGAGCUCAGACGACAGAUUGAGAUCUGUCAGGAAGAGAACAAGAUUCUGGAGAAAACCAACCGCCAAAAAGUUUUGGAGAUUGAGAAGCUCUCCCACACCAUUCACAGCCUCGAGCAGGCCAUUUUGGCCGGUGGGUCAGCUGCCAACGCUGUUCGUGACUACCGUCGUCGCAUCUCUGAACUCAAUGAAGAGAAGAGGACACUGGAGAGAGAGCUGGCCAGAGUUAAAGUCUCUGCAAACAGAGUAGCCCUCGCUGUUGCAAACGAGUGGAAAGAUGAAAACGAUAGAGUCAUGCCCGUGAAGAAAUGGCUAGAAGAGAGACGACUUCUCCAUGGAGAGAUGCAGAAACUGAAAGACAAGCUUGCCAUUUCCGAAAGAACCGCAAAGGCUGAAGCACAACUGAAGGAGAAGCUAAGGCUGAGGCUAAAGACAAUAGAGGAUAGCCUGAAGAACCCAAACACGUUUUCUGUUUCUACAAAGAUUGAAAAAACUGGAAAAGUUUUAAGCUUCUUGAGCAGGUCUACUUCACAGCCAAGAGGGUCAAUGGUGAUCAGAAGCUAUGCUCUUAAUCAGUUAUGUGUAUCCAAAAGGAGUAACAAAGUUGCAGACAGUGAUGGAAAAGAGAACUCAGAGAUCAAGGCAAACGGAAGUUGUGUCCAUGGAGAAGAAAGCAGAAAGAAAACAGAUGAAUCCGACGAAAAUGGAAGUGGAAAAGGCGAGGAGGAAGCUUCUGGAGACAUGGUGUCAGGGUUUUUGUAUGAUAGGCUUCAGAGGGAAGUGAUCAAUCUAAGGAGAGCCACUGAGGCGAAAGACGGGACUAUACACGCAAAGGACGAAGAAAUCAAGAUUCUGAUGAAGAGGGUAGAUUCUCUAACAAAAGCCAUAGAAGUCGAGACGAAGAAGGCGAAGAGGGAAGCUGCGGCUAGAGAAAGGGAAAACGCUUCUGCUGCGUCGUCCGUACAGCAAGUACAUGGCAGAAAGACACGUGACCUAAGCUUGCCGAAAAGUCGCGUUCAAAGUUCACGGUGAAGAUUCAGUCAGCUUGAAGAAGGAUAAGAUAUAUUACUGAAGCAUUUGGCACACAAAGUUUAAUGGAGCAUUUGUUAAAUUGGUACUCUUUUAUAUAUAUAUAUAUAUAUAUGUGUGUGUAAUGAAUAAUACCAAUAAUAAUAGAGGUGAAAUACAAGUUGGUUUGUUUUUCUUCUGAAUUGUAAUUGUUUGGGAAAGAAAGGAUUUGUUGUGAAUAAUGGGGUAAGUGAGGUUGA